CUCCCGGCCGGCCGCUGAGAGCUGAGCGCUGGAAUCCGGGCAGGGCGCCCCGAGUGGGCCGGGCGGUGCAGUGUGCGCUGCCCGGUGAGAUCCGCUCCAGCCCGGCUGCCAACCGGGGGCGGAACGGAAGCCCUGACGGGAAACGCAAGGGUGGGGACCGAAGACCCGUCGGGAGCACGCUGUGGAAAUCACGUGACGCCCCGGGACCGCUUUAAAGUUUUACUUCAUCAUUGCACCCCAGACUCUCAGAACUACGGGAAAAAAGUCCCCCACCCGCCCAUUUUUGCGCAGCGAAAAUGUUAUCGUGUGCUAAGUGGUUGUCGCCAUAUAUAGUCAUUAUUAGUUGACGGAAAGGAGAACCAUGCAGACUUUUGGCUGGUGUAGAGUACAUCGUUGGAAGGAAAAACUGUGCCAUUCUAAUAGAGAACGAUCAGUCGAUCAGUCGGAGCCAUGCUGCGCUAAGAGUAAACUUCCCUGCAGCCGGCUUGAGUCAAACAGAUGAAAUUCCUACAUUAACAAUAAAAGAUAAUUCAAAAUAUGGAACCUUUGUUAAUGAGGAAAAAAUGCAGAAUGGCUUUCCCUGCACUUUGAAGACAGGAGACAGAGUUACCUUUGGGGUGUUUGAAAGCAAAUUCAGAGUGGAGUACGAGCCUUUGGUUGUGUGCUCUUCUUGUUUAGACAUCCCUGGGAAAACUGAUUUAAAUCAAGCUGUAUUACAGCUCGGAGGACUCACUACAAAUAGCUGGACAGAAGAAUGCACUCACCUUGUCAUGGCAUCAGUUAAAGUCACCAUUAAAACUAUAUGUGCCCUCAUAUGUGGACGUCCAAUUGUAAAGCCAGAAUACUUUUCUGAAUUUCUCAAAGCAGUUGAGUCCAAGAAACAACCUCCAGAAAUUGAAAGUUUUUACCCACCCAUUGAUGAACCAGCUAUCGGAAGUAAAAGUGUUGAUCUGUCAGGAAGACAGGAAAGAAAACAAAUCUUCAAAGGGAAGACAUUUGUAUUUUUAAAUGCCAAACAGCAUAAGAAAUUAAGUUCAGCAGUUGUUUUUGGAGGCGGGGAAGCCAGGCUGAUGGCAGAAGAAAAUGAAGAGGAAGAGAGUUUCUUUUCGGCUCCUGGAACUUGUGUUGUCGACAUAGGAAUAACAAAUACACAAAUCAUAAUUACUGACUCCCAGAAAAAAUGGGUUCAUUUGGUAAUGGAUGUGCUUCAAAGACAUGGUCUUAGGCCUAUUCCUGAAGCAGAAAUUGGAUUGGCUGUUAUUUUUAUGACUACAGAAAAUUACUGUAAUCCUCAGGGCCAGCCUUGUACAGAAUUGAAAACAACUACUCCGGGACCAAGCCUUUCCCAAGGCUUGUCAGUCAAUGGAAAAAUAAUGCCAAGUGCUCCAGGGAAUAUGACCGCGUACGUAACUGACACAGAAUCCGAGCAAGCAGAUACAUGCAUGUCUUUGAGUGAAAAACCAAAAGAAGUAAAGAUAUGUGGAGUGGAACAAAACGUUAGACCGCUUUCACAGGGAACCUGUAGUAUAAAGGAGGUCCCCAAAUCCAGCUCCACGACUAAUCAUGUGGUUAGGGAAAAGAACCCAAACUAUCAGCUUUCACCAGUGAAAGUCCCUGCUACUAAUAAAAAUAAAGAUUGGGCUUCUCAGCAGCAACAGAACUCCAUCAAAAACUACUUCCAGCCAUGCACUAAAAAAAGGGAAAGGGAUGAAGAAAAUCCAGAAAUGUCUUCAUCCAAAUCGUCAAGAAUGGACCUGUCUUGUUCUCUCUUAGAACAAACGCAACCUGCUACCCCCUCACUGUGGAAAAGCAAGGAGCAUCCUUCUCAGAGUGAGCUUGUCGACAGGGAAGCAGGUAGCUCACUUGUGGGUGACAGAGACAUGAAACUCAAUGGGACGAGUCCUGCCACUAAAUCAUUUUCCACAGAAUAUCUUAGACCAAACAAAAGGAAAGAGGUUGAUUUGGCCAUAGAAGAGGAAGUAUUGGAAGAGCUACUCAAGAGUACAGAGCUGAGGCUGGAAGUUCAAGUGAAAGUUGAUAAACAAGAGGCAGACGUCGGUGUCAGAAAAAAGCCAAGGAUGGAUGUAGGAAGGAGUAGUCACCUUAGUGGUGACACAAUGCCAGGAAGCAGCAGAGUGAGUCAAGAAGAUGAACCAGAAAAGGAAGUUGAAGUCAAGAAGGAAUUACUGUGGUCGACAAAAGAUGAAACAGCCAACAGAGAUGAACUCCCAGACAGCAGUGAGCUGCUUCCGAGAAAAGUGCUGCUGACGGAAUUUAGGUCGCUGGUGGUUAAUAACUCCACUUCCCGAAGUCUGUCCAUGCUAAAUGAUUGUGGUCAGCUGAAGAAUUUUAAGAAAUUCAAGAAGGUCCUGUUUCCUGGAGCAGGGAGACUUCCACACAUCAUUGGAGGAUCAGAUCUGAUUGCCCACCACACUCGGAAGAAUACGGAGUUAGAGGAGUGGCUGAGACACGAGAUGGAGGUGCAGAGGCAACAAGCGAAAGAAGAGGCUCUCGCGGACGACCUGUUUAGAUAUAAUCCUAAUGUAAAAAGAAGGUAAUUGAACUUUGUAAAGGAUGCUGUAGAAACACAUUUCUUAGCAAACAUUUAUUUCAGGCCAGCUGGGAUACAUGAAUGUAAUACAUAUAAAUAACAGAUGUUUUAAGGUUUCAACUUACUAAAUAAAGCAAACAA